GCCAGCGGCGGGGGCGCGGAAAUCGAGGCCGGGGCUCCGUCGCGGCCUUGCUGGUGCUGCGGGAGGAGGAGGUGGAGGCCCCGCGCCGCCCCCGCCGCCGCCGCCUUUGUCUGCGCGGGGCCGGGCGGACGCGGCGGGGCCGUGAGAAUGGAACUGACUGAAGGCCCUAUGAGAAAAAGGGAAAGCUAAGGAUGCUGGAGCAGAACAAUGGAUUUCUCUUUCUCUUUCAUGCAAGGGAUCAUGGGAAACACAAUUCAGCAACCACCUCAACUCAUUGACUCCGCCAACAUCCGCCAAGAGGAGGCCUUUGAUGGCAGCAGUGACAUUGCUGAGGAUGGGGGCCGGACGCCGUACGAGGCCGCGCUGCAGCAAGGCUUCCAGUACCCCACGCCCACGGCAGAGGAGCUGCCCCCCCUCACCAACGGGUAUCCCCCGGCCAUCAGCAUGUACGAACCCCAAGCCAAAUACCAGACGUACGCUCAGUAUCCCAAUGGAUCGGCCAAUGGCUUUGGAACAGUCAGGAACUUCAGUCCCCCGGAGUAUUACCAAAUGGAGAACUCUAACGCGAGGCCGCAUGAAGUUCUGGAAAAACCUUCCCCUCCCCAGCCGCCACCUCCACCACCACCUUCAGCUCCACAAGUGGGGAUUCCAAAGAAGACUGGCUCACCAGAGAUCAAACUCAAAAUAACCAAAACUAUCCAGAACGGCAGGGAAUUGUUUGAGUCCUCCCUGUGUGGGGACCUGUUGAAUGAAGUCCAAGCGAGGGAGUACGCUAAGGCAAAACAUGAAGGGAGGAAAGAGAAAAGGAAAAAAAGUAGCAAGCAUGACUCUUCCCGAUCGGAAGAGCGCAAGUCGCACAAAAUUCCAAAAUUAGAACCAGAGGAGCAAAAUAGACCAAACGAGAGGCUUAGCACACUCUCUGAGAGACCAAGAGAAGAUGCAGUGCUGGAGGAAGCCCCGGUCCAGCAGCUCUUGCCAUCCCUUCCAACGCAGGUCACCCACGACGUCAAGUUCCAGGUUGGGGAUCUCGUUUGGUCCAAGGUGGGGACGUACCCGUGGUGGCCUUGCAUGGUGUCGUGUGAUCCACAGCUUGACGUGCAUACCAAAAUUAAUACAAGAGGUGCCCGGGAAUACCACGUCCAGUUCUUCAGCAACCAGCCGGAGCGGGCCUGGGUGCACGAGAAGCGCGUUCGGGAGUACCAAGGGCACAAACAAUAUGAGCAGUUACUGGCUGAGGCAGCCAAGCAAGCCAGCAACCACUCCGAAAAACAGAAGAUUCGCAAGCCCCGGCCGCAGAGGGAGCGAGCCCAGUGGGACAUUGGCAUUGCCCACGCCGAGAAGGCGCUGAAAAUGACCCGGGAAGAGAGGAUAGAACAGUACACCUUCAUUUACGUAGACCAAGAGCCAGAGGAGGCUUUGGCCAAAGCCAAAAAGACUGCUGCUUCCAAAUCGGAGGCCAAGAAGAACCGCCGGCCGAAGCCGGUGCCGAACGCGCAGCCGGAACACGCCAGCGUGGCGGCAGGGUCGUCACCUUCCAGCGCCGAGGCGCGGAGGCAGGGCCAGCGGAGGCAGUCCAGCGUGGAGGAGGAGGAGGCACCGCCCGUGAAAAUCGCAUGGAAAACAGCUGCAGCUAGGAAGUCCCUACCAGCUUCGAUAACCAUGCACAACUUGGAUCUGCAAAAGUGUAACAUGUCUCCAGUUGUUAAAAUUGAACAGGUUUUUGCCCUUCAGAAUGCUGCUGGGGAUGGAAAACUCAUCGAUCAGUUUGUUUAUUCCACCAAGGGAGUUGGUAACAAAACAGAAAUAAGCAUCAAAGGACAAGAGAAACUUAAUUCUUCAUCAGCUCAGAGAAGUGAAAAAGCAGUGGUGCAAAACGUGUCCUCUCCUGAGACAACUUCUGGGGCAGCAGGUUCUGUAGAAAAGAAGCAACAGAGAAGAUCGAUUCGAACCCGCUCCGAGUCUGAGAAAUCCACCGAAGUUGUGCCAAAGAAGAAGAUCAAAAAGGAGCAGGUUGAAACGGUUCCACUGGCAGCAGUGAAGACGGGGUUGCAGAAAGGUGCCAGUGAGAUUUCAGACUCCUGUAAACCCUUAAAGAAGAGAAGUCGUGCCUCCACGGACAUGGAACUGACCAGCUCAGCCUACAGGGACACGUCUGACUCUGAUUCCAGAGGACUCAAUGAUUUACAGGGCAGUUUUGGGAAGCGUUCAGACAGCCCCUCAGCCACUGCCGACGCCGAUGCCUCGGAUGUGCAGUCGGUGGACUCCAGCCUGUCCAGGAGAGGAACUGGAACAAGUAAAAAAGACACUGUUUGUCAGAUCUGCGAGAGCACUGGCGAGUCGCUGCUGGCCUGCGAGGGCGAGUGCUGCAGCGUGUUCCACCUGGAGUGUCUCGGCCUGAAGGCCAUGCCUGAGGAAAAGUUCAUCUGCACCGAGUGUAAGAAUGGAGAGCACACGUGCUUUUCCUGCAAGCUCCCUGGCAAAGAUGUGAAGCGCUGCUCCGUCAGCACCUGCGGGAAGUUCUACCACGAGGCCUGUGUGCGCAAGUUUGCCACGGCCCUGUUCGAGUCCCGGGGCUUCCGCUGCCCGCAGCACUGCUGCACUGCCUGCUCCAUGGACAAGGACAUGCAUAAAGCCAGCAAAGGUCGCAUGGCGAGAUGUCUGCGCUGCCCCGUUGCCUAUCACUCGGGAGACGGCUGCAUCGCUGCAGGAAGCUUGUUUGUGUCAUCCCACAUCCUCAUCUGUAGUAACCAUUCCAAAAGGACUCACUCCUCAUCUGCUGUAAAUGUAGGCUUUUGUUUCGUUUGUGCAAGAGGGCUGGUAGUGCAGGACCAUUCAGACCCCCUGUUCAGUUCCUAUGCCUAUAAGUCCCACUACCUACUGAAUGAGUCAAAUCGUGCUGAGUUGAUGAAAUUACCUAUGAUUCCUCCUCCUUCGUCAGCUUCCAAAAAGAAAUGUGAGAAAGGUGGCAAACUGUUGUGCUGUGAGUCCUGCCCAGCUUCCUUCCACCCCGAGUGUCUCAGCAUAGAAAUGCCUGAGGGAUGCUGGAAUUGCAAUGACUGUAAAGCUGGCAAGAAGCUGCGGUACAAGCAGAUCGUUUGGGUCAAGCUUGGGAAUUACAGGUGGUGGCCAGCAGAGAUCUGCAAUCCCAGGUCUGUGCCUCUCAACAUACAGGGCCUCAAACAUGAUAUCGGGGACUUCCCAGUAUUUUUCUUUGGUUCACAUGACUACUAUUGGGUACACCAGGGCAGAGUUUUCCCUUAUGUUGAAGGAGAUAAAAGCUUUGCUGAGGGGCAAACUAGUAUUAACAAGACCUUCAAGAAAGCACUUGAAGAAGCAGCAAAGCGUUUCCAGGAACUGAAAGCACAAAGAGAAAGCAAAGAGGCAUUGGAAAUUGAAAGGAAUUCAAGGAAACCUCCACCCUAUAAACACAUUAAAUCCAACAAGGUUAUCGGGAAGGUUCAGAUCCAGGUGGCCGACCUGUCCGAGAUUCCCCGGUGUAACUGCAAGCCGUCGGACGAGAACCCGUGCGGGCUGGAGUCGGAGUGCCUCAACAGGAUGCUGCAGUACGAGUGCCACCCCCAGGUGUGCCCAGCCGGGGAGCGCUGCCAGAACCAAUGCUUCACCAAGAGGCUCUACCCCGACGCCGAGAUCAUCAAAACGGAGCGCCGCGGGUGGGGCCUCAGGACCAAAAGGAGCAUUAAAAAGGGUGAAUUUGUGAAUGAAUAUGUUGGGGAGCUGAUUGACGAGGAGGAGUGCCGGCUGCGGAUCAAACGUGCUCACGAGAACAGCGUCACCAAUUUUUAUAUGCUAACUGUAACCAAGGACCGAAUAAUAGAUGCUGGCCCAAAGGGGAACUACUCUCGUUUUAUGAACCAUAGUUGUAAUCCAAACUGUGAAACACAGAAGUGGACAGUGAAUGGUGACAUUAGAGUUGGACUGUUUGCUCUUUGUGACAUUCCUGCAGGAAUGGAGUUAACGUUCAAUUACAAUCUGGAUUGCCUGGGCAAUGGCAGGACUGAGUGUCACUGCGGAGCAGAAAACUGCAGCGGCUUCCUGGGUGUGCGCCCGAAGACAGCAUUUGCAACAGCAAAUGAAGAGAAGGUGAAAAAUGCAAAAUUAAAGCAGAAGAAACGGAAAAUAAAAAUGGAACAGAAGCAGAUGCAUGAAGAUAACUGUUUCCAGUGUGGAGAUGGGGGAGAGCUGGUCAUGUGUGAUAAGAAGGACUGUCCCAAAGCAUACCACCUCCUAUGCCUUAACCUGACUCAACCACCUUUUGGAAAGUGGGAAUGUCCAUGGCAUCAGUGCGACAUCUGUAGCAAUCCUGCCGUUUCCUUCUGUGAGUUUUGCCCCCAUUCCUUCUGUAAGGAUCACGAGAAGGGAGCCCUGGUGCCGUCGGCGCUGGACAGCCGCCUCUGCUGCUCCGCACACGACCCCAAAUCUCCCGUGGCACCCGAGUACUGGAGCAAGAUCAAGUGCAAAUUGGAAGCACAGAAUGCUGUGGAAGAGGCAAAGGAGUGAAUUUGGUUAAAAACAAACGCGGGAGGGGAGAAGAGGGGCAGCAGGCGAUGAACUCAGAGAGAUUGUGAUGCCACACUCGGCUUUGUCCUCGGAACUGUCGCGUGUGAGCUGGAACGGGACCAUUGACCCGAGUGAGAAGGACCAGGCAGUGGUGUUUGGUUUUUAUUGUUUGGUCUUUCUUUUACCCUUGAAUGUGCUACAGCAGCUCUUACUGUUGGAAACCAGGAACAUCUUGGCCUUUGAAGAAAACCGUAAACCUUUUGACAGUGAAAAGAA